UCGCUUCAGACAAAUGGAGCUCUCGAGGGUGCGCCGGGGGGGCGGAGAUCUGCUGCGGUGUCCCCUUUAUCGCAUCCCCCUUCCUAACUUCAGCGCCGAGGGUGGACGUGGCCCUGGCCGAAGGCCGCCUCUGCCGCGGUUAGCCACCGCCUCCCCGCUGCCCCUCCGGUCCGGGGUCCGAGCCCUUGGCCAUCAGUGACCAGAAUCCUAAGCCUCCUGUCCCACCGGGACUCCCGCGCUGGGCAUCUCGACACGGUUCGGAUCAGCUGGAAGGAGGCGUUCUCCGAUUCUUUGCCGAGGGCAGCUCGAUCCUGGUCACCUGUGAUUUUUAUCACCGAUUUCCCUUGAGCAUGGAGGUCGGGGGCGGGCCUCUGGCGGCCCGAUCGGUCCAGCCAUCCGAGGCGGCGGCCAUCAAUCUCCCGGGGCUCCAAAAGUCAACAGUGACUAGCGAGAGGCUUGGGCCCUCCUCCCAGUCUUUCUCUUUAUCCCCGACCUGUGCCGACUUCGGCCUCCACGGGGAGGUGGUCGGUGACCGGAGGGGCGGGGAUCUCCCUGGAAGAAUGCCCACCGGUGGCCCACCGCUCUGCCCUGAGAAGGGUCGAUUCUUCCCCGACGCCCACGUCCCGUGGGGCCGUUUCUAUGCCCUUUUGGACCGGGACGCUCCCGGGGUCAGCCCGGUACUCAGUCUCCGGUGUCCGGGGCGGCUCUCGGAAGGGACCUGCCGCUGCUCCCCCGCCCUCACCCUGAGAUCUCUAACUGAAGUGCCAGCUGGCAAUCCCUGGCAGGGCAUUCCUCAGUCCCGGGCUCAGCAGCUCGAUGGAUCUAGUCUGUUUACGGUGGAAACUCUUCCCGUCUCCAGGGGCCGUUUCCCUGGUCGCAGGCCCCGGGGACGCCCCUCCCCGCUCGGCCUUCCGAAGUGCUUCUCCUUGAUCACAGGUCCCUCCGCCUCAGCCGGCGGAUAGAGCUUCGCCUCGGUGCCGGGGAGGGCCGAGCGGGCGCGAUAACGGGGGCUCGGGGUGACGGAGAUGUCCGGGUGACGGGAUUAUGGAUUGCUACGGCGAUUUCCCCACGGCGGGGGCAGACGGCGGCCAGCCCGGCCGCCGGCCGGAUCCCUGUCGGUAGCCGAGGGAAGGGCGGUGGCCGUGGGAAGCGGCGCGGGCCUCUUCCUGCCUUUGGUCGGGGGUCUCGCUCGGGGAAGGGGGGCAGGAGACAAUGCUGAAUAAGCAGGGGAAAACCUGGGUCUGGGGUCCGUCCACGCCCUGCCUCUGGGCCUUGGAGAGGAGCCUCGAUGGGAAUUACAGUGGAGGUCAGCUCCACUGCUGGAGGGGCAGGGGAUGAAAGG